AUGUGGGGAAAUGCUGAGAGAGGCCAUCAGCAGCCAGCUGGCCAGAUAACCCAUGGAAACCCUUCCCAGUGUGUAUCCUCUCAUCCUGGGCUGCUGCUUAUUUGGCAGUUAGACUGGAAUUACAUCUUAUGCAGAAAAGGCAUCUCACCCCACAAGAAAAUUCUGAAAGAAUUGGAAGAGGAGACAGAAGGGGAGAAUUGCAUCCUCCAGCAGUCAGUGGUGACAACAUAUGAAGAUAUGACUUUGGAAGAGUUGGAGGGUCAUGAAGACGAGUUUAAUGAGGAGGAUGAACGUGCUAUUGAAAUAUACAGAUGGCAGAGACUGGCUGAGUGGAAAGCAACAAAACUGAAGAAUAAAUUUGGAGAAAUUUUGGAGAUCUCAGGGAAUAACUAUGUUCAAGAAGUCACCAAAGCUGGUGAGGGCUUGUGGGUCAUCUUGCACCUUUACAAACAAGGAAUUCCCUUCUGUGCCCUGAUAAAUCAGCACCUCAGUGGACUUGCCAGUAAGUUUCCUGAUGUCAAAUUUAUCAAAGCCGUUUCAACAACCUGCAUGCCCAGUUAUCCUGAAAGGAAUCUGCCCGUGAUAUUUCUUUACCUGGAAGGAGAUAUCAAAUCUCAGUUGAUCGAUCCUCUGAUGUUUGGCAGCAUGAACCUAACAAGAGAUGAGCUGGAGUGGAAACUGUCUGAAUCUGGAACAAUUAAGACGAACCUGGAGGAAAACCCUAAGAAGCUGAUUGAAGACGUGUUGCUGUCCUCAGUGCUGCGCUCUGUCCCCAGAAGGAAGGACAGUGAUUCCAAGGGUGACUGA